AUAAAUAGAGAAUCAUAUUAUAUAAUAUGAACAAUUAUUUUAGAAACUCCAACGAAAUUGUCCUAAUUGUCGUUAUUCUUGGAGUAUGAGAUCGAAGUUUCAAAGAAAUUUAAAUUAUAUUAUGUUGAAUUUAAUUAUAUAAUAUAAAGCAACGAGCUUUUCUUCUUUUCCUCCAUAAAUAUCAUUAUUAUUUCCAUCUCAUCUUCAAGCUAUGGCUAAUCUUGAUUAGCUCCUUUAUUCUUUUUUCUUUCCAAGGAGACAUCUAAUAAUAAAAAAGCCAGAAAAAUAUUCAAGAGCUAGCUACCAAAGAGAAAUGGAAAAUCAUGCCGGUGAUUUGAGUUCGGAAAUACAUCAAAGUAUUUUAGAGGAGUUGGAAGAUGCUGCUCGUGAAGGGGAUAACGACAAGAUAUACAUAUUAAUUCGAAAGGAUCCAUAUUUAUUGGAUCGAAUUGAUGCCAUAUCAUUUGUAGACACACCAAUGCACAUAUCAGCUUCUUAUGAUAAUGCCUCAUUCACUAUGGAGAUGAUGAGGUUGAAGCCUUCAUUUGCAAGAAAGCAAAACCCAGAUGGAUUCACUCCUAUGCAUCUUGCAUUGAAGAAUUGGAGAACUAGGAUAUUGCAUCGCCUUAUAGAAGCCGACACUCAACUUGUUCGUGUCAAAGGAAAAGAGGGAAGAACUCUUUUGCAUUGCGCAGUCGAAAGGGAUGAUCAAAGCAGAAGCAUUGACAUUAUAAAUUAUGUUUUAUUGGCAUGCCCACAGGCCAUUGAAGAUGUCACAAUUUAUCAGGAUAAUGUUUUGCAUAUUGCUGUGAAAAGAGGAAAAUAUGAUGUUUUUCAGUGGCUUGUGAAAUGGAUUUUGAAUAAUUGGGAGAGUAGUCAAGAAUUGAAAAAACAGAUUUUGAAUGGAAAAAAUGGAGAAGGAAACACAGUGCUACAUAUUGCAGCUCUCAAAAAUGCUCCCGAGAUUGUGGAAGCGCUGAUUAAAUGUGGCAUUGAUGCAAAUACCAAGAAUUUAAAGGGAGAAACAGCACUAGACAUAUCAAAACGCCAAGACUACUCGUUGCUUAAUGGUAACUCAGAAGUUAGAAGUAUGCUAUCUAUGGUCACAAAUGCUUACUCCUCUUCAGAAUCUACAGAGAACCAGAUGAUGUUAAUGAUGAUAAUGAUGAAGAUUUAACAGCUUCAACACAACAAGUUUGUAGAUAUUGAUCAAGUAUAACAAGUUGCAUUAUAGCAACACUGAUUGCUUCUAUUAUUAGAGAAAACAGAGAAAAUAAAAAGUACUCUUUUAUUGUAUAUUUGGUUGAAUUGUACAAAUGAAUAAGAGCACAUAUAUAUAGGCUCGACUGAAUAUAACAAACUCUGUUGAUAGAGUAACAAAA